AUGGAUUCAAAUAUAGAAUUUAGUCACGACGAGGAGGGUUACUGCGGAUUAACAUACGACGAUUUUGUGGAAAAGUGCCCAAAUUUUGACGGGAAUGACUUCGAUUUAGAGGGUGACUGUCCUCACCCAUUUGGCUUUUAUGACACAUCCGAGCCCGGGCCGUUCCUUAAAAACGUAUCCCGAGUUGCAACGCGUAUCCUAUCGUCCUCCAAGUUCUUAACUAAGACGAGGAGGAUGUUUUGGGGGUAUUUUUUGGGCGCCUAUAACCAGGAGUCACUAUCGGAUCUCGCAAAGUAUGUUAAAAAGUGCAGAGUGGACUACUGGAUGAAGGUCGAAGAGUAUAAUCGGAAGAACAGCAUAGAGCAAAUACACUCACUGGACCCUCAGAUAUUCCACCCACUCGCUCCAGCAGAAACAAACCCGUGGGCGAUGAGUCAGAUGACGAAGGAAAUGAUGGACGAAAUAUGGCAGGACGUGGAGAGAACGUACCAGGAGAGGACGCUAUUCCAGAACGAUUCGGUUAGAAAGACUUUACAGAGGAUACUGUUUGUAUGGAGCAUGGAACACGACUAUAUAUCGUACAAGCAGGGGAUGAACGAGUUAUUAGCAAUAAUAUACAUAGUUUGUUACCGAGACCAGGACAGAAGCGUGGUGGAGCACAACGAGGAGAGUUUUCAACACUAUAAAACCAUAUUUUCGGACCUACCCAAGGACAUAGAGGCAGACUCAUACACACUCUUUAACUGCCUGAUGACCAAGGACCUGCAAAUAAUGUACGAUAUUUCAGCGCUAAAGCAUUUUAAUAAGUUAAAGGCCAGUUUGCCAAAUCCGCCAAAUCAAAUUAUCGCAAGAUGCAACCAUAUAUACAAUGAUUUGUUGAAGGAAUGUGAUUUCGUUUUGUACGCACAUUUGAAAAAUAUAGAACUGGAGCCACACCUGUUUUUAAUACGAUGGAUAAGGCUGAUAUUCAGCAGAGAGUUCAACGUUAACGAGACCCUAAACCUAUGGGACUUUUUACUGUCAGACUACUACUUUGAGCUCAAGAGUGGUGGCGAGUCUCAGCAGUUUCCCUUUCAAUCUAUAGACUUUUUUUCAGUCGCAAUGAUCAUAUUCGUUAAGCAAAACUUGAUGGAAAAUGAUAUUAACUACUGUUUGCAAAGACUGUUUAAAUACCCUCCGAUUGAAGACAUUUCAUUGUUGACUAAAAAGGCCUUGGAUAUAAAGAGAGGAUUCCUGAAACAGGACCACGAAGAGGACGAGGAGUAUGAAAGGUUCCACGACGCAUACGAAUACGAAGAGGAAAGAGCAAUGGGUGGUGAGAAUAAAAGGCAACUAAGUAACAGCGUGGAAUUCAUGUCGAGCAUAGAUAACACUCCGAAGUCAGUGCCGAUUAAGAUGUUGGACGACUCUACAAUUCUGGACAGCUCAAAUGGAAGUUCAAAUGAAACUUCGGAAAACGAAAGCCCACAUUUACACCUGAAGAAGGAAAUGAGUAGCAUAGGACUGAGCACGGAGUCAACCAACACAAGUGCGAGAAGCGGAUACAGGAAUGUAGGUUCAUGCAAGGAGGGAAUCAAGGCAGGCUUCGAUUCGGAAACAGUGGUCGCAACGGAGCUGUCGAGUCCGAAGAAUCUCAGAAAGGAACUGAUGGACGUGGCCUGUAAAAUAUACGGAAUCUACGAAAGUGAAUUGAAAAACAGCAAUAAUGAACUGUUGGCGAGUCUUAAGGGCGUCCAUACCCACGUGUCGAAAAUCAUAUCAAACCUGGAUUCCUUGGCAUUAAACCAGGGCCAAUUUGAAUAA